AUGGCCACGAACCAGACCCCCCCAGAAGCCGGAACACCGGGAGCUGCGGCGUUCAGGUCUAUGUUUACGCCACCGGUGUUUCAAGGCAAUCCGGAAGAUGACGUCAGCGACUGGCUGCUGUUCUACGAGCGGGCAGGGGAUUUCAACGGUUGGGACGGAACGCGCCGUGAGCAGUACCUGUGCGUUGCUCUUGAGGGAAAUGCUCGAAAAUGGUACUCCACGACACUGCGAGGGACCAACGCACCAACUACCUGGGAAACGUGGAAGGCAGCGCUCAAGGAGACCUUCGGGAACCGCAGCAUGCGGGAGUGGGCCCAUCUGCGGCUCAGCCAGCGGUUCCAGCUGCCGUCGGAGCUACCGGAAGAGUACUUCUACGAUGUACUCCAGCUCUGCGCUCGAGUCAACGAGGCCAUGACAGAGGAGGAAAAGCUCCGACAGCUGACCCGCGGCCUCAGGCCAGAAAUGCUGGAACGAGUCGUUCUGGCCAACCCGCAGACCACGGCCGACUUCCUCGGCACACUCCAGCGUCUGACCCAAGCAACCGAGAUGGCCAAACAUAAUAUGUGGGCUAUGCCGUCCCAUCCACUGCCGGGAUUUAACACUCGGCCGUCGCAACACGCGAGUCAGGAGGUACGAGCCAGCCAAGCUUUCUCGGACCCCCAAGGAGCAACGCCACAAGGGAUGACAGCACCGGGCUUCUACCAACAGCCGUCUGCGCCACCGCCUGAGGUUACGUCGUCGCCACAUCUGCAAUCGGAGGUGGGCAACUUCUUCAAAACUCUGACCGAAGUGCUUAGACCGCUCACCGAGUACAAUGCCAGAAGGCCCACAUUCCCCGCGCGCACGACACGCGCCGCCAACGGACAGCCUAUCUGCUUUAAAUGCGGAAGAGUCGGACAUAUCCAGAGGAGCUGCCCAAGACGCGACGUUCAGUCGGGAAACGGACCCGCCCGGGACUAA